AUGAAUAAAACACACUUAUCACUUUUACCAAAACUUUCGUAAUUUAUAUAAAGUAUUGGGGAAGAAAACUCUUCUGUGGAUAUUUAAAAGCUCUAAAAUACAAUUGACAUAAAAAUACAAUAAACAUGUAUUACACUAAAUGAAAUAUUUCAUUUUUAUGAAUAUUGUGAAUCAUAGUAAUUUAAGUUUUAUUAAUUAAUAGGGAAUUUUUGAAGAUGCAUAGUUCACGUAAUUGGACAGAUGAAGAAUGGAAAGUGUUAUUAUGGGUUAUUUAACAAUAUUGCGUAAUUAAAUAAAAAAAUAGUGAAGAUUUUGUAUUAUAAUAAUUUUACAAUAGAAAUUUUAAGAUUGGCAUGAUAUUUCUGAGAUCAUAGCAAUUAAAGACGAACUCAAUUGUUAAUUUAAAUGGUUUUCUCAUUUACGCAUAUUGCCUGUGAGUAAAAAUUGGACAUCAGAAGAGGAUUAAUUGUUAUAUAAAAUAAUGACAAAAGAACCAAAUAUUAAAUGGUUUGAAGUACAAUACGAAAUGUUUAUCCAAUCUUAAGGACUUUAUUUUAGAAAGGCAAAAUAAUAUAGGGAAAGAUGGAACAAUUAUUUAAAUCCUUAAGUAAAUAGGUAAAGAUUAUGAAUAAUCUUAGAGGUAUAUGGACAGAACUUGAUGAUUUCAAUUUAUUAUAAUUAGCACUUUUGGAAGGACUAAGAUGGUCAAAUAUUUCAAAGAAAUUAAAGAAUAGAACUGAGAAUUAGGUUAAAAAUCGUUUUAAAAGUCUUAUAAAUAAAGAAAAAAAAAUAACUUAAAUACCUUAAGAUGUCAUUUCUGAAUUAAAUUAAGAUACUCUUAAAAAUGGAUUAGAUAAAGCAACAUAAUUUCUAAUUCAUACAAUUCUUAACAGAUUAAAGCCAAUUGAAAAAUUAUAAUAGCCUCAAUAAAAUCAGUAAGAUAAUAAUACUUACAGUUAAGAAUAGACAUAUUAAUAACUCCAUCAAUAUAACUUACUUAUGAAUCCUUAAUAAUAUUAUUUUUAAUAAUUUUAGCAAGUUCCACAAAUACCAUAAUUGCAACCAUUAUCCCAAGUAUAGUAAGUUACUUAAUUUUCCACAAUUCCAUAAGUUCCUUCAUAAAUUAAUCCUCUAUAAUAAUAAAUACAUUGUCAACCUUAAUAAUAUCCUCCAUAAUAACCUAAUAUCAAUAUAUAAAUACCACAACAUCAAAAUCUGGUUUCGUAAUAGUUAUUGUAAUAAUAACUAAUUCAACAUCAAUAAUAAUAAUAAUAAUAAUAAUCUAUGAUUCCUAAUUUCUAUCAAGGCUAAUACUUUCCUUAAUAAUUUAUCUAAUAAUAAUAAUAGCAAUAAUAAUUUAAAUUUAAUUUAUAUUCUUCAUAGCAAAAUACCCCUACAAAUUCAAUUGGAACUCUUAGCUCUUAGAGAUCAGAAAAAUUGAUAUCUGAUUAAAUUAAAGAAGAAGAAAAUAGUAGUUCAUCUUCAAAUAAAGAACCAAAAGUCUAAAAAAUAGUUUGUGUUUCUGCUCAAUCUUCAAUUAAUGGUUCAACUAGCUCAGUAAAUUCUAUUGAUGUCAUUAAAUAAAAUUUUAAUAAUAUGAAUUUGGAUUCUGAUUACAAUAGUCCUGACCCAAUAUAGAAAAGAAAGCAUCAAAGAUCACAAUCUGGUGCAUUUGAUAUUAAUAAUUAAGGAAAGAUGAAAACAAAGAGAUCUAGAUUUUAUUAUGCUUCGAAUGAUGGUUGA